GCGGGAAAGGUUGGGCUGCGCGCGCUGCGCUGUUUAGCUCUAGCUAGCUAGCUCAGCGCAUGUAAAUGCCGUUGCUCAUGUACGUGUAGUGCCACGUAUGGUCGUCGUAAUUGUCAUACAGACUCGACUUUAAUCCCACAUUUUCAGAGUUUCGCCUAUAAGUAGGUUAAAGAAAUGGCAUUCGGAUUGUAUACGUUACUAGAGGCAGCGUUACUGUGCAUUAAUGCUAUUGCCAUACUCAAUGAAGAGAGAUUUCUAAGCAAAGUUGGAUGGGGAGGAGACCAGAGUGUUGGAGGUUUUGGAGAAGAUCCUGGAAUGAAAGCACAGAUCAUCAAUCUCAUCAGAUCAAUACGUCUAGUCAUGAGAGUCCCAUUGAUCUUCCUAAAUGCAGCCACUAUAGUGAUAAAGCUACUCCUCGGAUAGCAUGAUCUCCAGUUCAGUUGUAGCAAAGAGACACGGACACAAACUCAUGCAAUAAGGAACAAAAGUCUAUUCUCAAGAGCUUGGGAAAGAGAUCCUCCAUGCUGUAAGCCUAGCAUCAGUCCAGUCAUUCUUCAAUUAUAUUGAUGAAACCAACAUCAAACUGACCAAGAAUGGAAUGGACAUGAGGAGCUCUGAAUGGCUAAUAAGUUGGUCAGUCGGAGUCACCAAGAUAUUGGUAUGGAACUGAGGAUAUCAAUGCCUGCACAGAAGGGUAUAGAAUCAAUCAGUUCUUCUAGAUACGAUGUGGGAUCAGGUGACCGUUUCAUCAACUUUUUGGCCGACAAGUUGUCAGAUCUGACAUCUUUCCUUGAUUCUGAUUGGCUGAGAGGCACUGUUACUAUAGUAACUGUCG